CUGCAGGUUGUUAUGGAAAGCUGUUGAAAGUCAAUCUAGUUAUUUUUCAGCCGAGAGGAUUUGACAGGGGAAACAGGAAGACGCAGGACCUUGUUGUCUGUUAUGAAGACAGCAUGGAGUUUCCAGACCACAGCAGACAUUUGUUACAGUGUCUGAGCGAGCAGAGGCAUCAGGGUUUCCUCUGUGACUCCACUGUUCUGGUUGGCGAUGCCCAGUUUCGAGCCCAUCGUGCCGUGCUGGCUUCGUGCAGCAUGUACUUCCAUCUCUUUUACAAGGACCAGCUGGACAAAAGGGACAUUGUUCAUCUGAACAGUGACAUCGUCACAGCCCCGGCGUUCGCUCUCCUGCUCGAGUUCAUGUACGAGGGGAAGCUCCAGUUCAAAGCCCUCCCCGUGGAGGACGUGCUGGCUGCUGCCAGCUACCUCCACAUGUACGACAUUGUCAAAGUCUGCAAGAAGAAGCUCAAACAGAAAGCCACGGCGGAGGCCGACAGCACCAAGAGGGAGGAGGACGCUUCCAGCUGCUCCGACAAGGUGGAGAGCUUCUCCGAGGGUGGCAGCACGGGCCGGCCGGCGACCGCUGACCUGCUGCACAGCGACGACGAGGACCUGGAGGCCAAGCGCGAUUGUCUCCAGGAGCCUGGCAGCAUGUGGAUGCACCUUCCCUCCGACAGGGCCGCCUCUCCGGCCACCAGCCCGAGGGAGGCUGACCGGCACAGCAACGACGCUGGCAAGUCCCCGGCUGGCAGUCCCAGCAGCUCCACGGGCUCCCUCUCCCGCCGCUCGGUGGCAUCCAGGAGGGUGUCAGCCGACGCCGACUGCGUUCUCGACCUGUCUGUCAAGUCAGGAUUGUCGGGCGGUCCCGGUGAAGCCGUGGCCGGGGGCAACCCCUACUUCUGCGGCUCAGCGACGCCAGACAGCCUGCAGAACACUCUGGUACAGGUGAAGGUGGAGAAAGACACUGGCUCAGACGACGAGGAGCUGGUUAGCGGCGACUACGAGAUGGAGCACAGCGGCGUCAAGGAGACUCCCAGCACCAACGGCAACCACAGCAGCCACACGGUGCAGCGACGGCUGGGCCUGGAAGCUCACCUGUCGGCCUUGCGCGAGGCCUCGUUGGCCGGAGAACUGGAGCGGGAGGAGAAGGCCGGCGAGGACGACAACGACGUCCUGGGCGCGGAAAGCGAGCGGGCGCAGGUGGAGGCAGGAGGCGGAGUGGACAGUUCACUCCUGCCCUACGUCUCCAGCAUGCUGGGUCCACCUCACACGCAGAUCUUUAUGUGCCCGUUAUGCAACAAGGUCUUCCCCAGCCCACACAUUCUGCAGAUCCACCUCAGCACGCACUUCCGCGAGCAGGAGGGAGUCCGGGCCAAGCCGGCCGGCGACGUGAACGUGCCUACCUGUUCCAUCUGCGGCAAGACCUUCUCUUGCAUGUACACGCUCAAGCGCCACGAGCGGACACACUCGGGCGAGAAGCCCUACACUUGUACCACUUGCGGCAAGAGCUUCCAGUACUCGCACAACCUGAGCCGGCACGCCGUCGUGCACACGCGCGAGAAGCCGCACGCUUGUAAGUGGUGCGAGCGCCGUUUCACGCAGUCAGGAGACCUGUACCGACACAUCCGCAAGUUUCACUGCGAACUGGUCAAUUCGCUGUCGGUCAAGAGCGAGGCUCUCAACCUGCCUACAGUCAGAGACUGGGCGCUAGAGGAUAGUUCGCAAGAACUCUGGAAAUGA